AUGAUCCAAAGCUCGGGAUCCGAUUUCGCGUGGCUGAUGCCUCCUUUCGGAGGCGCCAACUUCGAUUUCGGAAACUGCCAAGUCGAAUUCAAACCCAAACUGACCGACGUGCAUCUUGCGACAUGUUCCAGCAAGAUGCAGGAACGAACCGGUCGAAUGCAGAAUAGGACGAAUACAGCAUUGGGUGGAUACUAUAUAAACACCUCGGACAAGAACAAGACGGGGAAGAGAUCGAUUUCUCCUCCCCCCCGUCUUUCGUUCAUCUUCGCGCCGCAUCCCCCCUCGUUCAAGAAUGCAGCCCGUCUCAAACGCGCCUACCCCGGACUUUGCAGAGGUCUUCGGGCCUGUGUUCUGGGGCUUUGUGGAGUCACCGCAUUGCAAGGCUACUUGUACUUCACCCGGUACCAAGACAAGAUCGGUGUCCGUCUCGUGGCUGGGAUGAUGAUAGGCCUCGACUUCCUUUCCAUGGCUCUGAUCUCGCAGUCCGUGUACUACUACAUGCUUCCUUACUUUGGCUCAUUCACUCCGCUGAAUGCCGUCACAAAGGAAUUGUCCAUCGAAUGUCUCAUCUCCGCCAUGAUCACAUUCACGUCGCAGAUGUAUUUCGUCUACCAGCUUCAUAUGGUCAAGAAUCCAGGAACGCCCGGAGUGCUCAUGAAGUACCUCGUGAUCGUAAUGGGGACCGUUGGACUAGCUGGUGGCAUUGGCUGCGUCGUCUUGAUGUUCACGCACCCGCACGAGAUCUUCAUGAACCGCAAACCAAGCUUCGCGGUUCUCGCCGGCAUUUCGAAGGCGUUUGGGGCUAGCGCCGAUAUUGUGGCGACGAUUGCGAUGUGCAUGUUCCUCAAAUCGGCCGAGACUGGAAUGAGCGGAACUUCCUCGCUGCUCAAGUCGCUGACCCAUCUCUUCAUCAAUCGGGGCAUUCUGGUCACGGCUGCCCAAAUCCUGCUUUUGAUUACGUUUUUCGCGACAUCGGAGCAUCUGUAUUGGUUUGUCGACCAGUUCCCAGCUCUGAAUUUCGCUUUGAACUUUUGCAGGCUGGCUGUCCACGUGAACACGACCAAACUCUAUGUCAACACUUUCUUUGGCAUGCUCAACGCCCGCGCGGUGAUCCGAGAGCGUGCGACCGGGCCGGGCCAGAUGUCUCUCUCCAGUGAGAGCGGAAACCUCACCAUGUGCCGCAAGCGAGGGUCUGUGCCGAUGACGACGGCGAUGUCUUCGUGUCCCGAGAAGCACCUGACGGCCAACUUCGACGUCGAAGUAGACUCGGGAAUCGGCGAUUACGCAAUGAACGAGAUCAUGGUCACGCGGUCGUCCACGGUGGCCGAAAUCUGAAUCCGUUUCUCAUACGAAUCCGCUUCGUAUUCGAGUCCUGCACAUAUCGCUGCACCUUUCCGUUCUCGCUUCUCCUUGUGUUUGAUGUAUCUCUGAGUUACUUUGAACAAUUCAACAGCCGUUCUGUUCUGUUCGAGA